GCGGCCAGCUGGGCAGCGCGGCGGCCGCGGCCUCCGCCAGCCCGAGCAGCAGCGCGCCCGCGCCCCGGCCCGCCAGCCUGGAUCCCGCGCCGCCGCGGGCCGCCAGCGCCCCGGGACCGCUCGCCUCGCCCCGCGCGGCUGCGCAGCCCCCAGCGCCCCCGCGGUCGCUGCAGCCGCCCGGCCCGGGAGCCGAGACCCCGCGCCGCGCCCCGGCCGCGCCGCGCCAGCAUGUCCUCGACGGAGAGCGCGGGCCGCGCCGCGGACAAGUCGCCGCGCCAGCAGGUGGACCGCCUGCUCGUGGGGCUGCGCUGGCGGCGGCUGGAGGAGCCGCUGGGCUUCAUCAAAGUUCUCCAGUGGCUCUUUGCUAUUUUCGCCUUCGGGUCCUGCGGCUCCUACAGCGGGGAGACAGGAGCAAUGGUCCGCUGCAACAACGAAGCCAAGGAUGUGAGCUCCAUCAUUGUUUUGUUCGGCUAUCCCUUCAGGUUGAACCGGGUCCAAUAUGAGAUGCCCCUCUGUGACGAGGACUCCACCUCCAAGACCAUGAACCUCAUGGGGGACUUCUCUGCCCCCGCGGAGUUCUUCGUGACCCUGGGCAUCUUUUCCUUCUUCUACACCAUGGCCGCGCUGGUCCUCUACCUGCGCUUCCACAUGCUCUACGCGGAGAACAAGCGCUUCCCGCUGGUGGACUUCUGUGUGACAGUCUCCUUCACCUUCUUCUGGCUGGUAGCUGCAGCUGCCUGGGGCAAGGGCCUCAGUGACAUCAAGGGGGCCACGCGGCCAUCCAGCCUGACUGCAGCCAUGUCCGUGUGCCAUGGAGAGGAAGCCGUGUGCAGUGCUGGGGCCACGCCCUCCAUGGGGCUGGCCAACAUCUCCGUGCUCUUCGGCUUUAUCAACUUCUUCCUUUGGGCCGGGAACUGUUGGUUUGUGUUCAAGGAGACCCCAUGGCAUGGGCAGGGCCAGGGCCAGGACCAGGGCCCCAGCCAGGAGAGUGCAGCUGAGCAGGGAGCGGUGGAGAAGCAGUAAGCAGCCCCACUGCUGCUCCUGAACCAACGAAAGAACCAAGCGAAAGAACCAAGCGGACAGCACCUCUUCUACCACCUCGGCUUCCAGGACCUCCCUCUCCCUCCUCUAGCUUCCCUCCCUCCCAUCAUUCUGGGCUUUGAGCUUUGAGAUGUGGUUGGGUGGGCAGGCCCCGACUGUUGGAAACCUCCCUGUGAUUUCCUAUCCCUCCUUUUGCUGAAGCCCUGGAUGGCAGGAGCUCGGUACUUCCUGUCUAUUCCCUGGACCUGGGCAUCCUGUGGUCUUAUGCAUACUCUCACAGUCCCUGAGAACCAGCCUCUGCAGUAAGUGCGGGCUGGGGGGCAGGAGACCAGAAUCUCGAGACUAUACCUGGUAUCCACUUCUAUCAACCUGUCCAGUUCCAGUAAAAGUGGGGGUAGGGGAGAUGGGCUGGCAGCCUUUGCCCCGGUUCUUUGCAUGGAGGACCCACCGGUAGUUUGACGGCCCUUCUUCAGCUGCUGUCAGCCAGCCCCUGUGUCUCACUGAUCUCCAGUCAGCCUCAGCUCAGUGUGCUUUCCACUUUCCCUGCGGCCUCUGCUUGCCCACAGAGCCUACCAUAAGAAAACCUGGGAAGCCAGCUAGCCCAGAAAGCCCUUCAGAGGGUCCUUAUCAGGCCUGGACUCAGUGGGGAGAGCAGAUAAACUGCAACUGAGUUGUGAUUUCAAGAAACCAAAGCCAGGGAAUUUGCUGGAUGAUCAGUUUCUUCUGUUCUCUCAGCCCUCCCACCACCCCAGGGGGGCACUUUCUACAACACUCUAAACUCAUCCUUGCCCUCUUGGAACUCUGUCCCUUCCUCCCUGUCUGUCUUGGGCUUGAUCUCACACUUGGGGCACGAGAUGAGAGGUCGGGUGGCGUCUCCAUUCAGAUGUCCUACUCCCUGCCCCAGCCUCUGAGCUUUGAGUCUGAGGCAUUCAAGAGCCUCGUGAGGUCUGUCCAGGCCUCUUUCAUUCCCGGGGGCCAGGCAGGGGGUUUGGAAGGGCCCGAAGGAUCAUCAGAGGCCAAGUUGCCCCGAGCCCCAGGACAUGGAGAUGUGGUUGGAUGGGCAGGCCCUCACUCUCUGCUCAUUUCCCCCUCACCCCACCCCUUCCACUGCUCCUUCUCUGGCCCUUCUUUCAAACUUCCCCAUUUCACCUUUAUGAAAGGACAAGCCCUUUCCCUUUGCCUUUCUCAUCCUCCCUGGCUGCCUCCUCCCUCCCCGGCGCUAUCCUCUCCCCAGUCCAGGGCGGGCCGAUGCUUGUGGUGCUUCUUCACUUCGGGACCCAGUUCCAUAUUUGUCUUUAGUGUGUCUCCUCUUCUGACACCUCCUUCAGUCCUUCCCUGCACCCCAGAGCCUGAGAGUCUGGGCUGAGCGCCAUCUGCCCCCUGCUCAGCUCACAACACUUCAGUCUGCCCUGGCCAGAGGGCUGCCCAGGGAAGGACAAAGAAGGAAGAAUCCAGCCAUUUUCCAAUCCAGUGCCAAUCUGCUUAUCAUCCCCAAAGUGAAUGUGCCCUGUGCCAAUCUCAGGACUAAGUCAGUCCAUCCAACCUCCCUUCCUCCCUAAUGCCAUUCAUAGCAACAUGUGCCUUAUUGGGGCACCCAGGAGUCAGGACCUAUGACUUCAGGCCAAUCAAUUCUUUUUGGGUCAGCGUUUACCCAUUUGACAGGGGGGAGUAUGAGAUUUACUUUCCCAAAUGUUCCAGAGUCCUUCAGUGAAGAAUUAGGCUUGUUUAAUUUUUUUUUCUUUUUUUUAAUUUUUGGGGAAGGGAUUUAGAGAGGAAAGAGAGCUGGGGAUGACAGUGUAUCUAAGUUUGGAACUCUGUCCUGAGCUGUCCCCAUGGUUAGUCAAGGACAAGGGGACACAGAUUUGCCUAUAGCUCCAGAGACACAAAGAACAAAGAGGUGACCUUCAUUUUCCUUCAGGCUGGCCCCCAUGAGGGUCUGUGAGCAGCUUCUAUUAGAACUUUGGAUUCUGUGUAUGAAUUUAUAAUUUUUUUGGAAACGUGAUGGAUAAAGUGUUCUUUCUUGGGGGUAGAAGCUAGCAACUGACUCUUCAGCUAGGGGAGGGAGGUAGAAAGUAAGCAGUAACACACUCCUGCCAAAGACUCUUCCUAGAGCAAAGAGGGCUCUUGCUCCUCAUCAAGAGGUGGGCCUGCUCUCAGCCAAAAGAGCCUUGAUUUAGACUAUGGCCUUUCUUUAUGGCCACCCUAAGGGAAAGGCCAUUUGACCUCAUUACCUCCAGAGGGCUGUCCUGGGCCAAGUGCCCUGGGAAGGGCUGUCCUCAGAAAACUGACUCAUGUCCCUUCCAACCAGGGCUGGCAUCACCCGCUUUGCCUAGUGGGGCCCAAGGUAGGGGAAGGUAUCAGGUUUCUCCAGCUGCUGCAGGAGGCCAAUAGGCGGGGCACUUGCUCUUUGCCCAAGUAAACUGACCUUGCCAAAGAGCCCACCUAGGACCUUUCCUGAACAUGAGUUUCCCCCAUCAUGGUCACAGGUCUCUUACCUCCAGGAUUGCAGGUCAGGGUUGGGGGGAGAAUGUUGCAUGUUGUUUUCUGGUGCUUGUUAUUACAAAUUUGAAUAAACAGUGCUUCGAGCAUUUGCCAUAAAGGAGCCAA